AUGGCUUCGUCUAUCCUUUUCUCGUUGAUCUUUGCCUCUUCGGUCGCUGGCCACGGGUACCUGACUAUUCCGUCCAGCAGAACCCGUCUCGGAUUCGAGGCUGGUACCGACACUUGCCCAGAAUGUACCAUCUUGGAGCCCGUCGCUUCCUGGCCCGAUCUUGAUGUUGCGCCCGUCGGCCGCAGCGGCGUGUGCGGCUAUAAUGCUCGCGUCAGUGUCGACUACAACACGCCUGGCGCCUCUUGGGGCCAGUCCACCGUCGCCACCUACACGCCGGGACAAGUCGUCGACGUGCAGUGGUGCGUGGACGCCAACGGCGACCACGGCGGCAUGUUCAGCUACCGCAUCUGCCAGGACCAGGACAUUGUCGACAAGUUCCUGACCCCCGGCUACACGCCGACCGACGCCGAGAAGCAGGCGGCCCAGGACUGCUUCGACGCCGGACUGCUCGAGUGCACCGACGUCUCGGGGCAGACGUGCGGCUACAACCCCGACUGCACCUCGGACCAGGCAUGUUACCGCAAUGACUGGUUCACCUGCAACGCCUUCAACGCCGACAGCCGCCGCGGAUGCGAAGGUGUCGAUAAUGCGGCCCUCAACUCUUGCGCGACGACCAUUGCUGGCGGGUACACGGUGACCAAGAAGAUCAAGAUUCCAGACUACAGCUCGGCGCACACCCUGCUGCAGUUCAAGUGGAACUCUUUCCAGACGGGUCAGAUUUACAUCUCGUGCGCCGACAUUGCCAUUAGCGGCAGCGGCAGCGGUGGCGGAUCCUCCAGCUCAAGCUCGACCUCGACGGCCACCUCGACGACCCUGUCCACCAAGACCACGACGACGACGUCGUCGACGUCGACCUCGACGGCCUGCAGCAGCAACGCCGCCACCGUGGCCGUGAGCUUUGCCGAGUCCGUCACGACGGCCUAUGGCGACACCAUCAAGCUGGUGGGCUCCAUUUCGCAGCUGGGCAGCUGGACCGUGGCCAGCGCGCCCGCCAUGUCGGCCGCCUCGUACACGGCCGCCAGCCCGCUGUGGACGUACACGCUGUCGCUGCCCGCGGGCACGGCGUUCGAGUACAAGUUUGUCAAGGUCAGCUCCUCGGGCGCCAUUACCUGGGAGAGCGACCCGAACCGCUCGUACACGGUGCCGACUUCGUGCUCGACCACGGCGAGCGUCAGCGCUUCAUGGAGAUGA